AUGGUGGAAGCUGUGAAACUGUUGAACCUAACAUGGCAGCCACUAAAGAACCAUUUCUUUCACUGCUCCACUUACGCAUUUCGUCGAAAACCUCGCACCCUUCUUAUCCGCGCCUCCUCGUCUACAACUGCCGCCUCGGGUCGCAACCGCCGGAGCUCUGCGUCGUCCCCCGCCACUUCCACCUCCGAUAGGGAGGCCAUUCGAGCCAUCCGCUUGAAAAAGGUUGAAGAAAUUAAAAGCAAGGGACUCAAUCCCUAUGCUUAUGAAUGGAACAAAACACACAGUGCACAACAGUUGCAAGAUAUAUAUAAAGAUUUAGAAAAUGGUGAGGAAACUAAUAGUGAGAAUGAUCAUGUUUCUAUUGCGGGAAGAAUUAUCGCAAGGAGGGCUUUUGGGAAGCUUGCCUUUUUGACACUAAGGGAUGAUUCAGGGACAAUUCAGCUAUAUUGCGAAAAGGAAAGACUUGUAGAUGACCAGUUUGAGCAAUUGAAGGCACAUGUUGAUAUUGGUGAUAUACUAGGUGCUAAAGGAACAAUAAAACGCACAGAAAAAGGAGAACUUUCUGUGUGUGUGCUAUCUUUUGCAAUCCUUACAAAAUCUUUGCUUCCACUGCCUGACAAAUAUCACGGUCUAACUGAUAUAGAUAAACGCUAUCGCCAGAGGUAUGUAGAUAUGAUUGCAAAUCCAGAUGUAGCCGAUGUAUUCCGCAAAAGAGCAAAGAUUGUAUCAGGGAUACGAAGGACAAUGGAUUCUUUAGGUUAUGUUGAGGUAGAAACUCCAGUUUUGCAGGGAGCAGCUGGGGGAGCAGAGGCCAGACCAUUUGUUACAUAUCAUAAUUCUCUUGGAAGGGAUUUAUAUUUGAGAAUUGCAACUGAAUUGCACCUAAAGAGAAUGCUGGUGGGUGGGUUUGAAAAAGUAUACGAGAUUGGUCGAAUAUUUAGAAAUGAAGGAAUUUCAACUCGUCAUAAUCCUGAGUUUACAACUAUAGAGAUGUAUGAAGCAUACUCAGACUACCAAAGCAUGAUGAAUUUGGCAGAGGAAAUUGUCACUCAAUGUGCUCUGGCAGUUCACGGGAAGCUUACUAUUGAUUAUCAGGGAGUGGAGAUAUGUCUUGAAAAGCCUUGGAGGAGAGAGACCAUGCACAAUCUUGUUAAAGAAAUUUCUGGGAUCGAUUUCAAUGAAUUUGGAAAUGAUCUUGAGGUUGCAAAGCAAGCUACUCUGAGCAGCGUUGAAAAUAAUCUUGAUAGCAAGGAUAAAGCUUCCAUUGAAGCGUGCCAAUCUGUUGGGCACCUUCUUAGCGAGGUUUUUGAGUUAUUUGUAGAACCAAAGCUUAUCCAACCUACAUUUGUUUUAGACUACCCAAUUGAGAUAUCUCCACUGGCUAAACCACACCGCAGGUCCACAGGUUUGACUGAGAGGUUUGAACUUUUCAUUUGUGGUCGUGAACUAGGCAAUGCUUUCUCGGAAUUGACCGAUCCUAUAGAUCAGAGAAGACGUCUAGAAGAUCAAGUUAAACAACAUGAAAAGAAAAGAGCAGCUGUUUCAGCAAAUGGAGAUAAGAAAGAAGGAAUAGAAAAUGAUGAUGAUUCAUAUGAAGUGACUCUUGAUGAAGAUUUCCUAACAGCUUUGGAGUAUGGAAUGCCUCCAGCUUCUGGAAUGUUACUAAGAGUAUAUUAUUUCCAGGGACUUGGAAUCGAUAGGCUCGUGAUGCUUUUGACAAAUUCUCCCGGUAUUAGAGAUGUAAUACCCUUCCCGGUACUCAAGGUACAACAAUAG